UGUAGUCCUGCUUAAAAGUGAAAUGUUGAUGCUUGGAUACCUGUUUUUGCUUCUCGGUGCCAUUGACAUUCACACUACAGCAAAUAACCUGCAAGAGAAUAUUGCAAUCAACGGAAAAGCCGUACAGUCAUCUACACUCCCCUACGAGGCUAAUAAAGCCAUUGAUAAUGCUGAUUUGUACUGCACUCACACUGAAACCGAGGCAAACCCAUGGUGGAGGCUGGAUCUGAUGGAUCUACAAGUCAUUCAAGAAGUGAUCGUCACUAACAGGAUAGACUGCUGCUUUGAACAAAUCAAUGGAGCUGAGAUUCGCAUCGGAAACACUCUGGAGAACAAUGGCAACAACAAUCCUGUGUAA